ACGGGUAGAACAUUUUCUACCCACGUUCGAAAUCUUAUUAUAGGGCAGUGUUUUCCCCUGCCAUAUGGCGCAGUGAAAAUCGACCAAACCAGCCGUGUAGCAGUGGAUCAUUAGUGGUGAGUGGGUACAGCAUUAAACUCGACGAGGAAGUCAGGCUUGCGUGGUUCAUCAUUCAGCAUACAUCCCGCAUGUAAUAACAAGAAGACAUAAUAUUUUCAUUGUAACAUUGUCUGCUGAUAGCAAUCGCCAUCAACUGAGUCGCCUCAUCCUCACACAGCACAUCACUAAAGCAGCCCCAUUAACGGAGCGUGAGGCACUUCAGUAAGAACCAGUCACUGCACUAUGCGCCUUCCCAUUUGGACACAACGACUGUUGGCUGUAGUGUUUAUUGGGUUGGCUGCGAUAUGUGGAAUCAUAGAGGCAACACACUGGCAGUACAAGGAAACAGGAAACAGUAAAGAUAUGCAUGGCGGUGUUCCCAUGGGCAUACUAAAUGACAACUGCGAUAAUGGCAAGGACAGACUGUGGGUUGAUUACGACGGCGCGAAGGAAGACUACCUGUGUCCGGGGUUGCAUUGGGUCAGCAAUACGAACAUUAACGCCCGAAACGAAGCGCCAUUUUCCUCCUGUCAAACAACCGAUCUGGAUCCACCAUUACAUGUAUGCAUGUAUCAAGUCAUUGAGUACCGUGAUCCUAUCCCGACUAACGGAGCACAUCGCCCUCUAUGGGCCAAGUAUGGAGAGUACCAAUACCUACCCAAACAGCGAUGGUUACAUAAUCUAGAGCAUGGUGCCGCAGUCUUUUUAUAUCAUCCCUGUGCUGACCCAACCGAGGUGGAAGAACUGAAAAGGAUAGCUAGAUCGUGCUUGUGGAAACAUAUUAUAACACCAUUCAGAGAAUUGUCCAGAGAAACGCCCUUCGCCGUUCUCGCAUACGGCUGCAAGCUCAUUCUUCCCCGUGUCGAUGAAGCGCUUACCGAAGAGUUUCUGCAAGACCACGCCUUGAACGCUCCCGAGAGUAGUAAUGAUGAAGACGGGCAGUUUGAUGAAGGCCUUUUCGUUCCAGCAAGGCAUCUUCUGCAUUAUGAGGACAGAAGUACCAUUUGUCAUAGUGAUACAUGGUAGGCACUUUCUUCAAAAUGUGACCACAAACUUUUAUAUCUGUCAAUUUCAAUUGAAUCAAACAAAUGAAGUCAUCACAAUUAUUCGGAUAACAACCAGGGCUCAGUUUCAUAAAGCCUGUAAGCACAAAAACCUGCUAACCACAGAUACAUCUGGCUCACCAGAAACAAGUUACCGGCCAACAUUCCACAUGGUAUGUCCACAUAAAAUAAAGCACUAAAGUCAACUUCAACUGAGUAAAAGAAAAGUUAAAAUCUUUGUAAAUUGUCACUUGUUUCUUUUCCUUUCUAUAGAACUGGCAACAUCUGGAGUGUGGCUCACAGAACUCAUGCACUAGACUGUAUUAGUUAUUAAGUGACCUUGUUUCAGCCAACCAGAAUACUAGCUUAGAGGCGUGUGAUAAUCCCAGAUAUGAUUCAAAUCUAAUUUGCAAAUGUCUGAUUUGGAAACCACGUUUGAUCUGUCUUAUUAAAGACCCUGGAUACUAUUGCCAAAUGUCAAAGACCAGUCUUCUCACUCGGUGUAUCUCAACAUAUGCAUGAAAUAACAAACCUUUGAAAAUUUGAGU